AACUGCAACAACACUUUAGCUCUUGUCACUCUCGACUCGAGCUCAAACCCCACGCCUCGUCGCCCCUCCCGCCUCCCCCUAAAACCUCCCUCGGGUCAUCUGCAUGACCUCGAGACUCCGACAACUCUCCUACAGCCUACUCCCCACUCUUCCUCUUCGCACCCUUCCUUCUUCUACCUCACUCCGCCUCAGCUUCACGCGCAGCAUGACCGCCACACCUCCUCAGCAGGCGUCGUCCUCGGCCAUGCCUGAGUGGCAGGUCCCCCGCAAGACCAUCGAGGAGCCCGUGCUCCGCGUCUACAACUCGCUCACCCGUACAAAGGACGAGUUCAUCCCCUUGAAGGGCCGCCAGGUCGACUGGUACAACUGUGGACCUACCGUCUACGACGCGUCGCACAUGGGCCAUGCGCGCAACUAUCUCACCCAGGACAUUGUCCGCCGUAUCCUCCAGGACUACUUUGGCUACGAUGUCAACUUUGUGAUGAACGUCACUGACAUUGACGACAAGAUCAUCCUACGCGCUCGCGAGUCGUACCUCUUGAACGAGACGGUCGAGAAGAACCCUGCGCUCACGCCCGAGCUCGUCGCCACGGCCAGGAAAGCCUUCGCCGCCUUUCUCCCCAAGGUGGUCAAGUCAUUGCCGUCGCCCGUCAACGCCCCCAACGGCGACGAUGCGCUCGAGUACUUCAAGGCUAUCGCCGAGAGGGAUUCCUCCGACGCCGAGUUUGCGCGUGCCGCCCGCGAGAAGGAGGAGAAGUUUGGUCUCUACAUCUCGGCCUUGACGACUGCCCGCGACGCCAUCCUUGCCGCUGAGAAGAGCUUGUCGACCCCUACCAAGGAGUUUGUCGACGCCACUGCCUACGUCCUCGGCCCUUACCUUGGUGACACGCUCGGUGACACCAUCAAGGACCCCCGUGCCGUCUCGCGCAACCUCGCCGCCCACUGGGAGGAGUCGUUCUUCAACGACAUGCGCCGCCUCCGUGCCCUGCCCCCAGACAACAUCACCCGCGUGUCCGAGUACGUGCCCGAGAUUGUUACCUUCAUCGAGGGUAUCAUCAAGAACGGCUUUGCGUACGAGGCCGAGGGCAGCGUCUGGUUCGACGUCGGCAAGUUUGAGGGCGCGCAGGGCGAUGGCUUCCGCCACGAGUACGCCAAGCUCCAGCCCAACAGCAAGGGCAACAAGAAGCUCCUUGACGAGGGUGAAGGUGCGCUCACUGGAAACAAGGGCAAGCGCCAGUCGGCCGACUUUGCCCUCUGGAAGGCUCGUUCCAAGCCAGGAGAGCCGGCUUGGCCUUCGCCUUGGGGUGAGGGUCGCCCUGGCUGGCACAUUGAGUGCUCGGUCAUGGCCUCGGAGGUGCUCGGCACCCAGAUGGACAUCCACUCGGGCGGUGUCGACCUCAUGUUCCCCCACCACGACAACGAGCUCGCCCAGUCCGAGGCGUACCACGGCUGCCGCCAGUGGGUCAACUACUUCCUCCACACUGGCCACCUCCACAUUGAGGGUCUCAAGAUGAGCAAGUCGUUGAAGAACUUCAUCUCCAUCGACGACGCAUUGAGAGACUACACUGCUCGCCAGCUGCGUCUGGCCUUCAUGCUCCAGACCUGGAACUCCAAGAUGGACUUCAAGAAGGACCUCGUCUCAGAUGUCAAGACCAAGGAGGAGACCCUUGACAACUUCUUCACCAACGUCAAGGCUCGUAUCUCCGAGAGGGCUGCGCGUGCUCAGGAGAGCGACGGCAAGCACCACUACGACGAGCUCGAGAAGGCUCUUGUUGCCGACUUCCACAAGGCCCAGCGCGAGUUCCGCUCUGCCCUCUGCGACUCGUUCAACACCCCUGUCGCUGUCAAUGUCAUCCUCGACCUUGUUAACAAGGUCAACAUCUACUUUGCUGCCCGCGGCCGCGACUACAACAUCGCCCCUGUGCGCUCCAUUGCCCAGUGGGUCACUCGCCAGCUCAAGAUGUUCGGCCUUGGCGAGGGCUCGGCCGUCGCCGAUGCCACUGCUGUCGGAUGGGGCAAGGAGGGCGAGGAGGGUGGCUCUGGUGACCUCGACGCCAAGCUCGACAAGUACAUUCGUGCCAUCGCCUCGUUCCGUGACGACGUUCGCAAGCUCGCUAUUGCCGGCGCCGACCCCAAGGAGACUCUGAUUCUCUCGGACCGCUUCCGUGACCAGGACCUUGUCAACCUCGGUAUUCAGCUUGACGACGGCCAGGGUGCGGACGGUGGUGCGCUGUACAAGCUUGUCGACCCCGCUGUCCUUAUCCGUGCGCGUGAGGAGAAGGCACAUGCUGCCGCCGAUAAGGCCGCCAAGAAGGCCGCCACUGCCGCCGCCGCUGAGGCCAAGCGCAUCGCUCAGCUCGAGAAGGGCCGCGUGCCCCCGAACAUGCUCUUCCGUCCUCCCCAGGUUCCCGACAAUGCGUUCUCAAAGUGGGACGAGAACGGCAUUCCUACGGUUGAUGGCGAGGGCAACGACGUGAGCAAGGGCGCGAGCAAAAAGUACCUCAAGGAGUUCAAGGCGCAGGAGAAGCUGCACGAGGCGUUCAAGGAGUGGGAGGCCAAGGAGAGGCAGCAGUAGGGGUUGAGAGUAGAUGGGUAGCCAGGGC